AUGGAUCGUUCUCGAAAAAACCCGGGGCGCAGCAAGUCAAAGGACGGCCUGAAAAUAACCCCAGCCAAGACCCAGGCACUCAUUGAUGUCUCGAUACCGUCACCCAAUGCCCCACACUUUGGCGACAAAAGUACCCCGAUGAUGUCUACGAUGGUCAACAUGAACCAGAACCCGCCACUUCGGAAGCCAGCGGCCACCAAUUUCAUGGACAGCAGCAAAUUCGUGACUGCCACGACCCACGCUAUGGGCAACUGCAGGAGCCACAACCGCCGAUCCCGUCGUCGCCGUGCCAAUGUGGACGCCAUGAUGUGCUCGAACAUGGUUCGUCAGAGCUUGACGCUUUCCGCGUCAAGCGUGUCAUCGAAUUCCAGUGCAGCUCAUAAGAACUGCCGUGUUGCCCCGCCCGCAGGCAAGAACGACAUGUACGGCCCACCUCCCGGAAGUGACGUGGUGACCGUACCAAUCCCUGGGGACUGCAACUUUGAGCAACAGUACAAUACCUUUUCGCAGGCGUUUGAAGUGGACGGCGAUGAGUUCGACGGCUACGCUACUAGCACCGGUACGAUCGACGGCAACGCUAUCCUAAUUGACGCUGUGAUGAAACUCGGGGUGAACGCUCAAGAGAAACUACGCUUCAUCUUUGACACACUGGACCCUGACAACACCGGAUACGUGGUCGAAGAGCAAAUCGUCCAGCUACUCGAGUCGAACUUCUCCAGUGCUAAGAUCGACGUUGUCGGUAUGGAGUUCAGGACGGUGGCCAAGCUCAUGUUCCGCAAGGCCCGUGUUCAGAACGAUGCGAUGACGUUUAAACAAUUUUGCGGGGUAUUCGAGCCGUACAGUAAAUUUGGUCAGUGGUACAAUGACAACAAGCUCCGAAUCUGGUGGCUCUUCAUCUACUUCAUACUGAACAACAUUGCCUUCUGGGUCAAGUGGUUCAUGUACGAGGUCGACCCGGCCAUCGGUUGGGGUCUCCGUAUCGCUCGUGCCAACGCGCAGGUAGCCAUGCUUAACUGUGUGUUUGUAUUGCUUCCGAUGUGUCGUUCCAUCACGCAGGUCAUGAAGCGCAGCAAGUUCUUGUGGCGUAUUAUCCCGUUUGACGACCAUAUCGCGUUUCACAAGAUCUCGGGUAGCGUGCUGCUCAUUGCUGGUCUCAUCCAUACGAUCGCUCACGUUUUCAACGAGAUCUACUUGUACCUGAUCGCCACCCCAGACGAGGUCAAGCGCUCCAUCUUUGUCACUCGUCACGUGUCGACGUUUGUGAACGGUGAACGACCUCCGUUCACUACGAUGCUGCAGGCUCUUCCGGUCUGGACGGGUGUGAUUCUUCUCGUCAUCACUUGCAUUUCAUUCCCGCUAGCUGCGAUCCCCAAGUUCCGUCAGGGCAGAUUCAAUCUCUUCUGGUACUCGCACAUGCUCUUCGGACCUUUCCUGGUUGUGCUGGCCUUCCACGGAGCUACCUCGUGGCUUGCUCGUUGUUCAGCCUACAUCUGGAUCACACCUCCAUUCCUCAUCUAUCUGAUUGAACGUCGUUUCCGCUACGCCAAGAUGUUUGCUGCACCGGUGCGUAUCAUGGAGGCUAUGGAGCUUGACGGGACAGUGGCUUUGUUCAUCGAGAAACCGCGUCGAUUCGUCUACAGACCUGGCAUGUACUUGUACCUCAACUGUCCUCAGGUUUCGUCUCACGAGUGGCAUCCGUUCACGAUUUCAUCCGCUCCUGGCGACAACUACAUCAGCAUUCACAUUCUAUACCUUGAUGGUCCCAUUGGCGCACCGACCCAGGAUUAUCACCGUUAUAAAACGGUGAUCUGCAUCGGUGGUGGCAUCGGUGUCACCCCGUUCGCGUCGAUUUUGAAAGAUGUGGUUCAUCUGUGGGAGGACAACCGUUGCCUAAAUUGCAACCACAUUCGUCACCCGAGCUCGUUCCAGAUCCAAAAGCUCUACUUUCACUGGGUAACCCGUGGCCAGGAGUCUCUUAGUUGGUUCGAGGGCACCAUGAAGCAGAUCACCGAAAUGGACCGCGACAACGUGAUUGAGACGCAUCAGUAUUUGAGUACUGUGGUGUUGGGUGGAGAAGAAAACACCUCGCAGCUUAAGAUGUUUCAGGAGUUCGUGCACGAACAGACAGGCAAGGAUUUUGUUUCUGGAAUGGAUACGAAGCAGCUCACGCACUUCGGCCGACCAGACUGGGACAAGGUUUUCGCAGAAGCUAGAGCCAAGCAUCCCGGUGAAGAAGUUGGUGUGUUCUGCUGCGGACCCCACGAACUAGAAGAAAUAUUGUACAACGUGUGCAAGAAGUACUCGUCCUCGAAGGCGGAGGGUACUAUCUUCGACUUCCACUCGGAAAAGUUUGCGUAA